AGUCUAGUUUGCACAUACAUACUUUUGCAAUUCUGCAAUGAGGUUGGUUUGUACGCUAGGGAUAAUUUUAAGCUUGGUUAGGGUGGAGGCAGUGUCUUCAUUCUUAACAGAUGGCGAAAACAAAACUUCAACAUCAAUGGAAAGCAAAAACAAGGAAUUAGACGAUUUGAGCAUCCUUCGACAGAUGAUUAACCAAGAAACAGUUAUUCGUCUUGCUUUGGUUAAGAAUGUCCACGCACUGGUUAAUGACGUCACCGUUUUGAAACAAAGUCUUGCGACAAGUGAAUGGAAAAUAUCAGAACUACAGCGGACGGUAGCGUCUCUUCAACAGGAAAACGGAGAACUAAAGAAGAGUAGCAGUAGCAGUGAUUCCAGAAUUAUGGAGCUUGAAACGAAAUUACAAACAGUAAAUGAGAACGUUAGUUCAUUGAGUGACCAUUUAUACAUCAUUCAGAAAGAUUCAGAGGAAAAAAGACAGUUUUAUUUUAACAAAACGAAUAGUGUUCUUAAUGAUGUCAAAAUAGAAGUGCGGUAUUUGUCAGUUACUUUAUUGGAUUUCAAAGAAAAAACAGAGACCGAAAAUGAGUCAAGAGAUAAAAAGUAUGAAGAACUUGAACGUCAUUUCAAUUCAUCAAUUACAGAUUUAUAUGUUGAAAAUUCUAUAAUUAAACAAGAUGUCACUAGCCAAACUGCGCUUAUUCAUGGAUUCGAGGAUUCUCAAUCGAAAACAAAGAGGGCAUUUUCAGAAAACCUUAAUAGAACAACAUCAAAUUUUGAAACAAAGUUCCAAACCUUCAAAAAUGAGCAGCUUAAACUGUCAUCUGCUGUGGCUUCUUUAGAGUUGGCCAACAUGAACAUGUCCAAAUCAAACUGUGAAAACAGUCGCAACCAUGCAUUUUCUGCAGGUAUAUCAUCAGGUAAGUCUGUUUGGACAAGAGACACCCUAGUGUUCCCCGUAAUAAUCUACAGUGAAGGAACAGGCUACAACCCCAGUACUGGUAUCUUUACAGCGCCGACAGCGGGGACAUAUGUGUUCUAUAUCUCUGUUCAGUCCGCUAUGCAUAAAUUCAUCUAUUUUGACAUAGUUUUGAAUGGAUCGGCUAAGGUCAGGGCUUUAGCCUGGUACAACAGUGGGAGCAGCAUUGCCAUUCACCAGACCGGAACCAACCUGGUCAUCUUACAUCUACAGACCGGGGACAGUGUGUGGGUGAAACGAGGCGGUGGUACCGGUUACUACAGUGAUGGUGCUCACAUAAUGACGUUUUCUGGAUUUAAACUUUACUAAUUAAAGUGUUUUGUAUGGCAACGUACAUGUCUUUUUUAAAGACCGUUUCAAAAAAUUACUUUAUUGUUUCAAUAUCAUAUAAUUGAUGUUAUCAAAUGAUCCAGUAAGGUCAGGGCCAUGGCUACUUUCGGUAGUGGGGACAGCAUUUACAUUCACCAGACCGGAACCAACCUGGUUAACUUACAUUUACAGACCGGGGACAGUGUGUUGGUCAAACGAGGUGAUGGUACCGGUUACUACAGUGAUGCUCAUCACAUAACAAUGUUUUCUGGAUUUAAACUUUACUAGUACCUGAUCACUACUUUACGUUAAUGUAUCAGGGUUUUUUUUCUUAUUUCGAAUCCCUGUAUUAGAUACAUUAACUGUUAGAAUUAAAAAA